CUGUCGGAACAAACGCCUGUCGUGUCCAGACGGAGACUGGUCUUCUGUCCCACAAUCCAGUGCCAUGAGACAUUCGCCGCCUCAGACUACGACCGUCGUUGUGAUAACAAUGCAACCUGCCAGAAACUCACUCCUUUGUUGGCCAUGAGAAUCAAGCAAGAACUCAAUGAAUACAAAUUGACUGACAUGGAAGUUCAUGUCGACAGUCGC